AUGACCUCGGUGCAAGGCACCGUACCGGAUGUCCGGUGUACUGCUUAUAUUUCAAAUUUACCUUAUCACUUAACCAACAUCGAUGUGCACAAAUUGCUUUCCAAGCAUGGCAAAAUUGUAAAAGUAACUAUUCUGCGCGAUAAGAAAAGCAGAAAAAGCAAAGGUGUCGCUUUCGUUCUAUUCUCCAAAGCGAAUGAAGCGUUAGAUUGUUGCAAGGCAUUGGACAACACACAGAUGUUCAGUCGUACGAUUAAGGCAAGUAUAGCAAAGGAUAAUGGAAAAUCAGCCGAAAAUAGCCAGCGUAAGCACUAUCCGGAUAAAAGCCGUUGCUUCGAAUGUGGCACUGAGGGACACAUGAGUUACAGUUGUCCCAGGAAUGUGUUCGGAAAUAAGACGCCACCGCGCAAAAGCUCUAAAGGAACUAAACGAAAGCAACGAGUUGAACCGGAAUCUUACGCAUGGGAGAGUGAAUCGGAAGAUUCGCCUGCUGCUAGAGUAACAUCAGAAACAGUUAGCAUCUCGAAAAGGGCAAAGUACAAGAAAAGUGAAUAUUUUAGUGAUGAUGAAGAGCUUGAGUGUGAUAAUGGAUGA